CGAGCUGCUCUAUACGCUUUUCAGCGUGCACGUUCACGUACCUGAGCGCGCCAGCCAUUGAAACUAGUCUGGACUUGUGUGCUUGUGGGCAGAAAGUGGCAGAGCACGGUCUGCCCCCUGCCUGGUCCUGAACGGCUGAAUCCUUUGACAGAGCCAAAGCUGUACAAAUGGCGGAGUGGAAAUCCUACUACCAGAAUGAAGAGGAGGAGGAAGAGCAAGAGGAUGGAGAGCAGUCUGGAGGUCAUUACAAAGUCACAGGCAGAGACAGUUUGGUCUUCUUGGUUGAUGCCUCCAAGGAAAUGUUCAUCAAAGGAGAAGAUGGACAGCCCUCUAACUUCGACACAACCAUGCAGGUCGUGCGCAGUGUGUACACCAGUAAGAUCAUUCGCAGUCACAGGGACCUGAUGGCUUUGGUUUUCUAUGGCACGGAGCAGAGCAAAAACCCCAGGAACUCAUUCAAGCAUGUCUACGUGUACCACGAUCUUGAUGAGCCCGGGGCAAAGCGAGUACAGGAAGUGGACGCUCUGCGUGGGGAAAAAGGUGCACAGCUGGCGGCAGAGACAAUGGGCAGCGGGGAUGUGUCAUUCGGCGACGCCCUGUGGUGCUGCGCUAACCUCUACAGUGACAUCAAGCUACGCCUCUCACACAAGCGGCUUAUGAUCUUCACCUGCAGGGACGAUCCACACGGGGGCGACACUGUGAAAGACCGACAGGCUCGCACCAAGGCCAGUGACCUCAAAGAGACUGGUGUCAUCAUUGAUUUAAUGCAUCUGAUGAAACCGGGCGGCUUCGAUGUCUCGUCCUUCUUUCGUGACAUUGUAAGUCCACCUGAGGACGAGAGCGAGUUGGGGCUGCAGCUCGAGCCUUGUGACAAACUGGAGGACCUCCAGAAGAGGGUGCGGGCCAAGGAGCAGAAGAAGAGAACCAUGGCCAGGUUAAACCUGUGUCUUGGUGAGGGCAUAAAUAUAGCUGUGGGAAUUUAUGCAACUGCUGUGACAGCUCGGAAACCAGGUGCCAUCAGACUUUACAGGGAAACCAACGAGCCAGUCCGCAGCAAAACCCGCACCUUCCACACCCAGACUGGCAGCCUGCUGUUGCCCAGUGAGAUAAAGAAAGCCCAGACAUAUGGCAAGAAACAGAUCGUGAUGGAGAGGGACGAGGUGGACGCCAUCAAGAAGUUUGACGACCCUGGACUUUUUCUGAUCGGAUUUAAACCUAUGGAGAAGCUCAAACUUCACCACCACAUCCGACCUGCUGUCUUCCUCUAUCCCGAGGAGGACGAGGUGAAAGGCAGCGCAUGUCUGUUGUCUGCCCUGUUGACCAAGUGUAGCGAGAGGAACGUAUUCGCUCUUUGCCGUUGCAUCUCUCGCCGAAACUACCCGCCUCGAUUUGUUGCCCUUGUGCCUCAGAAAGAGGAGGUCGACGAGGGGAAAGUACAGAUUACUCCACCAGGUUUCAAUGUCAUCUACCUGCCAUAUGCUGACGACAUACGCACUCUGGAUCCCCCCCGGUGCUCCACGGCUUCACAAAUUCAGGUGGACAAGAUGAAAGAGAUUGUCUCCAAGCUGCGCUUCAAGUACAGGAGUGACGCUUUUGAGAAUCCAGUCAUCCAGCAGCAUUACAGGAACCUAGAGGCACUGGCUCUGGAUAUGGUGGCUCCAGAGGACGUAGAGGACCUCAUCAUGCCAAAGAUAGACCAGAUUGAUCGCCGUCUGGGUCCUUUAGUUGAGGAGUUUAAAGAUCUGGUCUACCCUGCCAAUUACAACCCUGAGAGCAAACCAGCUGCCAAACGCAAAACAGCUGAUACCGGAGGCGGAGCUGAGAAGAAGCCUAAAGUUGAGGUGCCAGAAGACGAGCUGAGGGCCCACGUGCAGAACGGCACCCUGGGAAAGCUGACCGUGCCCGUAUUGAAGGAGGCCUGUAAGCAAUUUGGAGUUCAGACCACUGGGACCAAGAAGCAGGAGCUGAUAGAUGCUCUGACAGCCCGGCUGGGCCCAUGAGGAGUUAAAUGUGCAACUCCCUGUGCCUUCAUGAGCUGGCAAACUUGUCCAGAUCAGUGUGUCUGUCUAAAAAUGUUCUCAGGCGCUUGGCACAAAUCAAGUUCUAAAAAGUUUGCAAUCCAUUUUAAAAGCAGGUAAUGGUUUUACAUUUACUGUGUGGCCUGUGAAUCUUUGGGCAGACCGGGACACUGUGUUCAAUGUUCAGUGAAAAGGUUAAACCUGUUGCUCAGUGCAAAUGUCUGCAAGUAGACUAUCACUCCAACAUUACAUGAAUAAUGUUUGUAUGUUAAAAAAAAACAAGUCAUUUUCUUGUGAUCAAGAAAACUCAAACUGGUUGAUGUGGGUUAUGAAAAUGUCCUGUAUACAUUGGAAUACAGUCACAUACUCAAAACUAUAUUGUAAGACUUGUUAAUAAUCUUGAUUUCCAUUAAUAAAGAAUUUUACAACCCUGCA